CGGCCGGAAGGUGGCGGACCAGUGCCGGCAAGUGGGACAUGUACCUGGUGGCCCACAACCUAGUGAAGCUGGUGGGCCACCAGCUCUCCUCCCAAAAUGUAGGUGAUGGAUCCUUUCAAUUUAUCAAAUAUGAGAAGAAUGGCAGCAUAGGUGUUAUCACUCUGAACCGGGAAAAGGCUCUCAAUGCCCUUUGUGAUGGUCUUAUGAAAGAGGUGGCGAUGGCUCUAGAUGAUCUUGAACGUGAUUCUGCAAUUGGUGCCAUUAUAUUGACAGGAAGUGGAAAGGCUUUUGCUGCAGGAGCUGACAUAAAGGAGAUGCAGAACCAGGAGUUUUCAAAUGUCUUUGGAGGUAAUUUCUUGAAUCAUUGGACACGUAUUUCAGAUUGCAAGAAACCAGUUAUAGCUGCUGUCAAUGGAUAUGCUCUUGGUGGAGGCUGUGAGAUGGCGAUGAUGUGUGACAUCAUCUAUGCAGGAGAAAAGGCCAAGUUUGGGCAGCCAGAGAUAGCAAUAGGAACCAUUCCUGGUGCUGGUGGGUCACAGAGACUCACACGUGUGGCUGGGAAGUCUAAAGCAAUGGAAAUGGUCCUUACUGGGGAGAUGAUUUCUGCUCAUGAAGCUGAGAAAAUGGGGAUUGUGAGCAAAGUAUUUCCAACUGAAGAGCUACUGCCAGCUGCUUUGAAAUUGGCUGAGAAAAUUGCAUCUCAUUCAAAGAUUGUCACUCAAAUGUGUAAGGAAGCAGUAAAUGCUGCAUAUGAAACAACUUUGAGAGAGGGUCUUCAUAUUGAGCGGAGGCUUUUCCAUGCCACUUUUGCAACAAGGGACCGUAAGGAAGGGAUGUCUGCAUUUAUCGAGAAGAGGUCUCCAAAAUUCACAGACUCAUAAAUCAAUCAACAGCUGGUUCUCAUGCCUGUCUUCAAUGCAGGGUGUCCUUCCUUGUAAGUUUUUCAUACUACAGCUCCUCGCAAAAAGCAUGCAUUUCAUGGGUGUUAUACAUUUGGACAUAAAGAGUGUUAUAAUUUUGUCAUAAAGGGUGUUAUACAUUUUGUCAUAAAGGACAUUUUGUCUGUCCCAAGGAGAGACUCCAACUCAGACAAUGCCUUCAUGUAGUCUGCUAGUCUCAGAUCAUUGCUCUGUGCAAUAUGAACUUCAUGUUCCAUUCUCAAUCGCUCUGUUAUAAAUAAUAAACUGAUACUGAAAUAAACCACUUUUCUAGUGUCA